AUGACGUCGCCGAGGAAGGACGGGGGGUUCCUGACGCAGGACCAGCGGGAGGAGCUGCGGAUCGCGGUGCAGAACGCGGAGACGCAGUCGCUCGCCUCCCCGCGCUCGCCCACGGGGGGGACCACCUCCGCGCUGCUGUUGCAUUACGAGCAGCAGAUGCUGGAGCAGAAGCGCGCCGCCGCCGCCGCAGCGGCCGCCGCGGCUGCUGGCGGGAGGGGCGGAGGGGGUGGGGGUGGGGGAGGGGGAGGUGGGCCCAGGCACGUGCGCCGGUCGCAUUCCGGGAAGACCAUCAAGGUGAAGAAAGAUGGAGCUGGUGGCAAAGGGUCUUGGGGCAAACUAAUUGAUACUGACGCAGAGGCAUGCCUUGACCGAAAUGAUCCAAACUAUGACAGUGGUGAGGAACCAUAUGAGUUAGUUGAAGCCCCUGUUUCAACCCCACUAGAAGACUACAAGAAAGCUGUUGUCCCAUUAAUUGAGGAAUAUUUCAGCAAUGGUGAUGUGAAAUUAGCUGCUUCUGAUCUUAAAGAAUUGGGUUAUGAUGAUUUCCACCGUUACUUUGUCAAGAAGCUUGUUUCCACAGCAAUGGACAGGCAUGACAAGGAGAAAGAGAUGGCAUCAGUGCUUCUAUCAUAUCUUUAUGGCAACGUGGUCAGUUCAACUCAAAUCAGACUGGGUUUUGUGCUGCUAUUAGAGGCUGUUGAUGACCUGGCUGUUGACAUACCUGAUGUGGUUGAUGUGCUUGCGCUUUUCAUUGCACGUGCAGUUGUUGAUGACAUUCUGCCACCUGCUUUCCUCAGCAAGGCAAAAGUGAGUCUCUCAGGAUCUUCAAAGGAAGAGGUGAAGAAGAGGAUUGCUGAUCUUCUAAAGGAAUACAUCAGAAAUGGUGAUACAGCUGAGGCAUGUAGGUGCAUUAGAGAGCUGGCAGUGCCCUUUUUUCAUCAUGAGGUGGUGAAGCGAGCUCUUACUCUUGGAAUGGAGAGUCCAGCUGCUGAAGCUCUUAUUGUCAAACUUCUGAAGGAAGCAUCUGAAGAAUGUUUAAUAAGCUCUAGUCAGAUUAUGAAAGGAUUCUAUCGUGUAGCUGAGAGUCUUGAUGAUCUCAUUCUUGAUAUACCAUCUGCAAAGUCUGAAUUUCAGCUGUUGGUAUCAAAAGCCAUUUCUGAGGGAUGGCUAGAUCCUUCAUAUGUGUUUAAGUCAGGUGUCAACGGAAGCGAUGAAGAUGAACAUGAGAAGCUGGCAAGGUACAAGAGGGAGGCUGUAUCUAUAAUACACGAAUACUUUCUCUCUGAUGAUACAACAGAGGUUAUCCGUAGUGUGAAAGAGCUUGGUUAUCCAGAAUAUAAUCCAAUCUUCAUCAAGAAGCUCAUUACAAUUGCUAUGGACCGCAAGAACAGGGAGAAAGAGAUGGCAUCAGUUCUUCUAUCCUCAUUAAGCAUGGAGCUGUUCUCGUCUGAAGACAUCGCCAAGGGAUUCAUAAUGCUCCUUGAAUCUGCAGAAGACACCGCACUGGAUAUAUUGGAUGCCUCAGAUGAGCUGGGAUUGUUCCUAGCCAGGGCUGUGAUUGAUGAUGUUCUUGCACCUCUAAACUUGGAUGAGAUUAGCAGCAAGCUUCCACCAAACUGCAGCGGGGCUGAAACAUUGAACAUGGCACGCUCCCUUGCGUCAGCCCGUCAUGCUGGUGAGAGGCUUUUGAGGUGCUGGGGUGGUGGAACCGGAUGGGCUGUCGAGGAUGCCAAGGACAAGAUAACAAAGCUCCUGGAGGAGUACGAGAGUGGAGGUGAUUUAGGGGAAGCAUGCAACUGCAUCCGUGAGCUGGGUAUGUCUUUCUUCAACCAUGAAGUUGUCAAGAAGGCGCUCGUGAUGACAAUGGAGAAGAAGAAUGUGAGGACCCUGAGCCUGCUGCAGGAGUGCUUUGGUGAAGGGAUCAUAACCAUCAACCAGAUGACCAAGGGAUUCUCAAGGGUCAGAGAUGGGCUCGACGACCUGGCUCUGGACAUUCCUGAUGCCAGGGAGAAGUUCCUUUCCUAUGUGGAGCACGCGAAGAAGAGUGGAUGGGUCCUGCCCGGGUUCGGUUUUGCAUCUUCAGCUUGA